AUGUACUCACAAGGAGUAACGCCACCGCCGCCCUGCUACGUAGCCAAGAGAGAGAAGAGAGUGAAAGAGGAGAGCUCUUUAUUGUCUUUAGGAAGCGGCCCAAGCCUGCGCGGACACGGAGUCCCGAGCGCAGUUGUGUUAGGCCUGGCGCUGAAGUUAAGCCGUCGAUGCUUCCCUGAGUCUCCCCCUAAAUUGGGGGAAGAGCUCCGGUUAAAUAGUCGGAAGUUGAUAUACUAAUUCAGAGAUCCCGGCCUUUGCCUUGGCGGGAUCACCGCGCGAGCUGGCGCGCAGACGGAUCGCCCUCGGGGGCUCCCGUCCGAGUGGUGGUGUCACCACAAUAACACUACAAUAUACAUAUUAGUGCUUGCCCCUACAUCACUACUAUUCUAUAGUAAUAACCCAAAAUAUACUGUUUCUAGUUGAUUUGUUAAUGGUCUUUUAUUUCUGUUUCAUAAAUAGAAAGCCAAUUUAAUAUACUACUAUACUACAGGCACAUCCUGCUCUUUAACUGAAACCAAAUAUGCU